GGAGCAGGUCUGUGAGGGGGUGAGGCAUACUGCGGACUGAGGGAGGAGGACGCUCUGAUUCUGCAGGGACUCUCCGCCUCCUCCUUCCCCGCGCAGGGAGCGCGCCGCGCGGCUGUGGAGAGGCGUGACGCGCCUGAACCGCAUCUCCAGGAUGGCAGGUAGGUCUCCUCCAGGCCGAGGACCGGAGCACGUCCUCGACUGUUAGCACGGCUCGGCUCGCUCCCAGUGAAAGGCUUUCAUCGUAACGGUCGGUGAUAAGGAGGCGGGGGCGGAGGGGGGGCCACCGCUGGUCUGAUCCGCAUCGCCGGUGCUCGGUGUCGGUGUUCGCCGCUGUCAGCUCGCGCUCUGCCGCCUUCAUGGCUCACGUGAAGAAGGGAGGAGGCUCGUGCUGCUGUUCAUCAGAAAAACAGACGCUUCAUCACAGAGAGCAGAUCCCGUUAGACCGGACCGGGUAAUUAGGACGCGGAGGCUCUGCAGCUAUAACCCGGAGACGGUGACUGAGGAGCGGCCGAGGAGCGGCCGUCCUCCCGGUGUCAGGACUGAGACAGGCCGGACAUCUGUCCGAUAAUGGGGUCAGUGUGAGAGGAGGCUGAGCCGAGCCGUGCCAGGCCAGCGGAGGUGUGAGCGGCCUGGAAACAGUCUGGACCCGGAGCAGGGCCGGACUAGACCUGAACAGCCCCCCGGCUGUAUCUGGACAGGCCUCUAAAAAGAAAUAUCACUGAGCUCCUGACCUGGUCCUCAGGAACCAGUCUGGGACCUGGUCUUGGUCUGGUCAUAGGUCCUCCUGACGGGUCCUCGGCGCUCUGUACCGGGAUCAGGCUGGCAGCCCUCUGAGCACAAUGGACCCUGUGAUCCCGCUGGACCCCAGCUCCAUGACCAGGACCAGGAUGGACCUCAGAACCUUGGCGUGCAGGCAAACGCUCGGCGUGAUCCUGCUGGUGGCGGCGACGCUGGUUUCCAUGGUGACCUCAAGUUCACCUGCUGCAGGUGUGUUGGACUUCAACCGGACGACAGAGCCUUCGUCACCUCCUUCUCCGCCAUCAUCACCCUCCCCCCCUCCCAAACCCCCGGCCCCCAGGCCCCCCUCAGACUCUGGUUACCAUGGUAACAGUGGUGGCGCAGGUUCAGCGGAGGACUCGGACUCUGGUGCUCAGGGGAUUCACCUCCUCCUGAGACCCCCUGACCUCCUGUCCCCCAGCCUCCCGCCACCCCCCCCUCACACCCAGCCUACCCUCACCCCUCCUCCCCCCUGGGAGCAGGGCCCCUCCCUGGAGGAGGCUUGGGGCUCCGGAGACUACCUGGAGACACUGUCCUUCAUGGUGCCUGACGGCGAGGAGCUGGCCCUGGCCACCCCACUGCCCAGCCACCCCUACGACGACGACGCAGACGGGGACUGGGUCUCCUACGAUACCACCUUCCCCACCCGUCCCACCCUCCCCCUCUCCACCCGUCUCCCCCUCUCACCCUCUUCCUCCACCCCCACAAUCCCACUGCACACUCGCCACACCCAUCCAGACCUCUUCCCCACCUGGGACGAGGACUACGACCUGGAGGACAUGAUGCCUCUGGAGCCGACGGAGCUGCUGCUGCCGGACAUGAACAGUCUGGAAUACUACACCAACCUUCUGGCCCGGGAGAGGGAGAGGGAGAGGGAGAGAGAGGAGAGAGAGAGAGAGAGGGAGAGGGAGAGGGAGAGGGAGAGAGAGGGGGAGAGAGACCAGGACCAGGUCAACUGGACAGACCCCAAAUCCCCCAUCACUCCUACAACAACACAAAUUCACCUCCCAGCUCCAUCUCCAUCCCCAAGCUCUGGUCCUCCUCCAGGACGGGACCCCAAGCGUCCUCUGGUAGGACCCACCCCUCCCCUCACCCUCUCACCCACCCUCACAGGUGAGAAGAAACCACCUGCUCCAUCCACCACCCUCAAAACACCCUCCACCCCUCUUCCUCCUGCCCCAAAACCCAGAGAUCACAUCCCAGUCCCAGGCAAGGGACACCCUCUUCACCCCCCUUCCAACACCACCGGCCGGGUGCCUCCCCCCCCCCCACUGGGACCACCCACCCGCCCUGACAGACCAGAGAAGCCUCCGGUGGUCACAGAGAAGCCGGCAAAGGCUCCACCCACCAGGACCACCACCACCACCACCACCAAGGCCACAACCACCACCCAAAUUACAGCCAUCAGUCUGACCAGAGCUCCCCCUGUCACCACACCAAGAGUGGCCCAGACCCCCGCCACCAGACAAUACCUGUGUAAUGUCACCAAGCCAGAGAUGUACCUGGUCAGAGUUGUCAGCUCCAAGGGUUCAUCAGCUGGUUUCAGUCAGGUCAGAGAUCUUCUGAAGAGAGAGUUCAACCGCUCAGUGGAGCUCCAGUUCCUGAGAACUCCGUCCAGCUUUGCCUUUCGUGUUGUAUCGGGACCGUUGAUCUACACUGCCAUGGCCGUCAUCAACGCUCUCCGCCAACCACCGCGCUCCUUCGGCCCAGUUCCUACCGUGUCGCCACUCUACACCGUACCUGACCUCAGGUAUCAGAUCCACUCUGUGCUGCAGUUCGUCCCUGCCCACGUUGACGUCCGAGUCUGUAACUUCAGCGAACGGGUGGAGAGAGGGCUGAUGAUGGCGUAUGCCGAGACACGGAGACGGUCCCGUGAGGCGGGAAACGUCACCGUACAGCUGCUGAACAUCACCAUGGGCAUGUCCCGGUCAGCGUCAGAGCAGAAGGUUCCUGUCGACGUCACGUUCGCAAUGCGUGAUGGGCGGGGCUACCUGCCAGGGUCAGAGGUCAGCGAACACCUGAGGAAGCUCAACGUGGUUGAGUUCAGUUUCUACGUUGGAUUUCCUGCCCUGCAGAUCGCAGAACCCUUCCACUACCCUGAGCUGAACACAUCUCACCACCUGCGCUCUACCUGGGUCCGUACAGUCCUGCUGGGAGUUCAGGAGCAGAUGGUGGCUGAGAGGAGUUUUAAAGCUCGUCUGGAGAGACGUUUGGCUCUGCUGCUGGAGGAGGGACUGCAGGAGUCCAGCAGGAGGCGCUGGAAGAGAGCGACAGCUGUGGGCAACAACAGUCUGCAGGUGGUGCGGGUGGCGAGGCUGUCGGGGGCAGAGCGCCCCCUGGAGGUCUUGUAUUUUGUGGAGGGUCCGAGUGGCGAGCGGAUCCCAGCCGAGACAACCGCCGCAACUUUAAACCGUCUGGACCUUCAGAGAGCCGCCAUCGUCCUCGGACACAGAGUUCAGAGACCACUGGCCCAGCCUGUGGAGACCCUGUCCGUCCCCCCUGCAGAGACUCAGAGCAGCAGUAUCUGGCUGAUCGUUGGCGUCGUCGUCCCCGUCCUGCUCGCCGUCUUCAUCAUCAUCAUCCUCUACUGGAAACUGUGUGGCUCAGAGAAACUCGAGUUCCAGCCGGACGCCAUCAACACCAUCCAGCAGAGGCAGAAGCUUCAGGCUCCAAGUGUGAAAGGCUUCGACUUUGCCAAGCUCCACCUCGGUCAGCACAGUAAAGACGACAUCAUGGUGAUCCAGGAGCCAGGACCACUACCUGCCCCUGUCAAAGAGGCCACGCCCUCAGACGGCGGAGACCUCAACACCCCAAAAUCUAAAGGAUCAUCCACCAAGGCGGGUCGGUCCAGUCGCCGCAGGGGAAGGCUCAGCCCAUCAGACGGAGACUCGUUAGGCAGCGACCAAUCCAGCGGCAGAGAGUCAGCGGAGGAGAGCACCCGACCUGUGGCCACGCCCAGUGAAGGGAAACAGCACAGGAAGAUGCCCAAAAAUGCUCCGUCAGGCAGCGGUCCGGAUGAGCUUCUCUCCUCGUCCUCCAUCUUUGACCACGUGGACCGCUUGUCUCGAGGUUCGUCUGACGGCACUCGUCGCCAGGCCAAUAAAGUGCAGCUGAUCGCCAUGCAGCCGCGACCCAGUCCGCCGCCACCGCACGCCCUGUCACAACCGAGCCCCUCACUCACAGAGAAGGUCAACACAGAGGUGGCGCUGAGACACAAGUCAGAGAUUGAGCAUCACAGGAAUAAACUCAGACAGCGUGCUAAGAGGCGGGGUCAAUGUGAGUUUCCUUCCAUGGAUGACAUCAUGGACGCCUUCGGAGACGGGCCGGUGCAGAGCGAGGUGGCGCAGCGACUCUACAGCUCCACCCACGACCACAUGGACUGCAUCCUGCAGGCAGACGCUCCCUCACCCCCGACCCCCACCGACUCCAGGAAGAGGGGGGUGCGCUCUCCUCGGGGUCGGCAUGCUCAGCCAGGACCUGGAAGUCUUCCUGAUACAGACAGGGACCGACUGCUCACAGAUCAGAGCGCCACCUACAGGAAAUACCCAGGACUCAACAACGUAGCCUACAUGUCGGACCCGGACCUACCCCCAGAUCAUGGCAGUCCGUCCCCUACUGAUGAGGUGUUUGACCCGGCCCCGGCCCCGCCCCCCUACAUGCCCCCCCAGCCAUCCAUCGAGGAGGCCAGGCAGCAGAUGCACUCCCUUUUGGACGAUGCCUUCGCUCUGGUGUCACCGUCCUCACAAGGCAGCGCCGGGGUGAGCGGGGUAAGCCCUGCCCUGCCCAGCCCCUCCCCUCAGGCCCAGCCCCCGGGCAGACAGUGGGGCUCUUACCCAGCAGCCCCCUCUCACAGUCCCUUCUCUGCAAGAUACGCAGAGCUGGGAAUGUCUCCUACAUCAGUCCAGGGCCUCCUCCAGAGGCAGGGCCUAAGCUCAGGAGGGUAUGUUUCUACUGGAGACCAGCUGCAGGAGUCAGUUUACUCCAACAGGGGGCAGUAUGACGAGCCACCCUCCUCUUCCAGACCUAGACCUGUAGGGGGCAGCACAGGGGCACAGCUCCACCACCUGACACAGGUGGGUUUGUCCAGUCAAAUUGGUGCUUACCCUGGGGUGGGUCGCAGCAUGUCUGGCCCCACUGGCUCAAGCUGGAACCAGCAGCACUCAGACCAGGAUCUAUCCAGACCAGGAGCCAGCAGAGAGAGUGUGCUGUCGUUCCCUGAGUUCUCCUCUUCCUCUGUUUUCCAGAUGCCCAGCUCCUCGUUGCGGGACCCAUCAGCACCACCUCUCCUCCUGACCUCACCGACUCCAGAAUACCCGCCGGAGGAUGCCUCGCCCUCCGCCCACACCUCUGCCUCGCUUAUCAAGGCUAUCAGGGAGGAGCUGCGUCGUUUGGCCCAGAAACAGGCUGCAGUAACCAGCUACCCAUAGACUGAUCUGGACCGGAUUGGAUCAGGACUCAACUGGUUUCAAACGUUGUUUUAAACCACUCAGAGCAUGUAAGGACUGGAUUAAAACCUCAAAACUAAACGAUCCACAUUCUGAAGUCUCUUGAGCUAAUCUAAGUCUGUAUCGCUAAGCCCAAAAUAACUCUGGACCACGAUCCACAUCUCCUGACUCCUGACUGAAAGACCUCCAGUUCUUAACAGGGUCCCAUCUGCCUGUCUGUCUGUCAUUCUUCAGCUCAGCCUUUCAUCAGAAGGGAGUUUGACUCUUCGUGUUUCCACUGAAGUGCUUCCUGGACUGGAUUGUCCCUCCUAGAGUUUUAGAGUGGAUCAUACUUUCUGAAUUUGUGGAGUGGAUGGUCCAUCCUGACUCUCUGCAGUGGAGGUUCACUCCUAAUAUUAUGGAGUGAAUCAUUCUGUCUGAAUUUCUGGAUUGGAAUGGUCCCUCCGAACUGUCUGGAAUGGAUGCUCGCCUAUUCUUCUAGAGUGGAUGGUCCCCCAUGAACUUCAGGAGCAGAUGGUCCCUCCUGAUCUCCCAAAAUGGGUGGUCUCUCCUCACCUUUUGCAGUGGAUGGUCGUCUCUGGAGUGGAUUGUUUUUCCUGGAGUUCUAGAGAGGCAAUUCAUUCCUGAUCUUCUGGAGUGGAUCACUCUUACCAACUUCAGGACCAGAUUGUUCCUCCUGAACUUCUGGAGGAUUGUCCUUCCUGGAGAUCUGGAAUUGAGGGUCCAUCCUAGCCUUCUAGUAUGGAUCAUUCCCUCCAAGAUUUCUGAUUUGGAUAGUCCCUUCUGAGGUGGAUCAUCCUUUCUGGGCUUCUGGAGUCGAUUAUCCCUCCUGGAGUUCUGAAGUGGAUUGUCCCUCUGGACCUUCUGUGGUGCUAACCAUCAACCUCAUACCAUCUCCUCAUCCCACUUAUUGCCUUCCACACUUCCACCAACCAUGGGGACCAGGUCUCUGUUCAUAAACCAUAUCGAUGAGGUCUUUGCAUUGUCGACAGCAGGAGGUGGCGUACAGAUCCUUUGGCAAAGGGACGCAAAACAGGAAAAAAGUAUAUAUGAAUAUCUAUAAGAAUAAAUAUAAAUAUAUGUAAAGAGAUAGAAUCCCAAUGAGCACAAUAUUAAUGUAAGAGUUAUUAUUGGAGUAUUGAGAUGUUACUUAUUUUUUAUUGCUUCUAUAUGAAAGUCUACUUUAAAUCCUUUAUUUUGAUGAAAAAAAGACCAAACUACUGUUCUAUGGUUGUAAUCCUCUUGUGUUUGAGCUUGCUGUAGAUUUUGAGCCAGCUUUUGUUUCUCCGUGGAGACGGUGCUUAGCGUAGCUGCUCGCUCGCGUGUUCAUGUAUCAGUGGCAAUGAAAAAAAAUUGCGCUAAUGCAUUGCUUUAAUAUCCAGUUUUUUAGUCGCUGAUUUGUUGCACCCAUCAGUCUAUGGGCAGAAUGCCGAGUCUGUCAGGUGACAGGUGAGUGAAAAGUGUUAAUAUAGAGGGGCAGAGAAGGAAAACAGUCGUUAAGCACAACCAGAAACUAAAGAUAAAAGCAGACGCAUCACCACCCCCUACAUGCUGUAAUAUUUACUGCACACACGAAAACAGCAAUUACGACUAACUGAAUGUCAUCAGUGUACCAGUGAUAAGAGACACCUUUCUUCUUACAUAUAAAUUGACGUGUUCAUGACGUAAGACUUCCAUGGAGAUUUUUCAUGUCCUUCAUCUUGUUAUUAUCCUGUAGUCAAAGUGCUUUUUUCCUUGCACAAUUGAACUGUAGAUUCAGACAAACCUCUGCAGGUGUGGUGAAGUCCAGACAUUUUGUUUGUGAACUGGUUGUAACACUGAAUGACUGGUUCUCUCUCUGCUGGUUGGAUGUUUUCUCUGUAGUGUUGUGAAGAAGUUGGUCAAUUGUAAAAUCCAAAUGUAAAUUCCACGAGAGGGUUUGUUCGUCUCUGCUCUCUGCUCUUCUUCGGCAUGUUCGACUAAGUUUGAGGCUUUAGCUACUCGUGAUGUUCCAGUUAAUGUUAGCAUGCUGCUAAAAGAUGUUAAAAACAAAGUUUAUAAAACUGAGUUGUUCCACGUCAAGUUAAGAGUGAGCAAAGAGUGAAUAAUGUCACAGUGCCAUAAAACCAUUGUUCAUCUAGACACAGUAGAAAAAAAAUCAUAUAAAACAUCAUGUUUUUUUUUCAUUUCCAAAAGAUAUUUUUGAAUCUAAAUGAAGAUGGUUACAAUAAACAGUGUAUAAAUGAAAGUGGAUAUGAUGUUGAAUAGAAAACAUAUUUAGAAAAUAUUUUAUGUGUGGUUGCUCUGCUGAACGGACUCAAAGAUGCCAACACAUACUUCAUGGACCAGAAACCAAAUGCAGAACCCUUCACGACCUGGAGACUUUCUGAUUGGACCUAGCACCUGUCAGUCAAACUGUAGGACUUGGUCACGCCUACAGGAUCACAUGGUGCUAACUCAAUAACUCGAGCUGUGUCUGAAAGUCUUCAGAUCACACAACAUAAAAAAAGAUAAAAUCUGCAGGUGACUGAAGUUUGUCCUCAAACUCUGGAUUCAAGCUGCUGCUUUGCAGGUUUCACAAACUUCUCCUGAAUGUUUCCUUCAGUGUUUUCUAGAGUUUCUGUGUUUUCUAGAUCUGUGAUCCUCAGUGAGAAUCCAGCAGACGACAAGUCGCACUGUCAAUGUUUAAUUCAUGAUAAAACCACUAAUCCAGACUGGAGUCAAACACCUGGUACUAAAAUAUCAGGAGCGUCGGAACGUCACAUUUCAUCUUGUGCACUCAAGGCAUGAAGUUGUGCGUGGACGUUAUGGAUCUGAUUAACUUGUUUAAACAAGAUACUAACCUGUGUGCGGUGAACAAAAAGAUACUGUUAGAUAUAAAGAUAUAAAGUUAGAUACCAAGGAACAAUUCCUGCCAACUAACAGAAAGUUCACCUCGAGCUGCGAGCUCUUCCUCUGCAGAGAUUAAUGCUGUGUCUCAGAUCAGAUACUUCAGUCAGCACAUUUACAUGUAGUACACUGUGUACUCAGUGUACUCACUGCUGUAGUGUGUGAAUUUGUUGUUUCAUGCAAUGCAUUAAUGACAACGUGUCCUCCUUCCCCGGACGCAGCCAAGAUAGAGACUGUCGAGGGUGAGAAGUGUCUGUCGUUCCACACUCACCACCCUGGUUCUUAAAGUUCGCUGCAUGUUUUGAUAUCCGUCAGUGUGAACAGGAAACAGGAAUCGCGAGUGUUGAAGUACGAGAACUGAGACACAGCAGAAAUAAGUCAAACCUAUGCAGCAGCAGGGGGGCAGAGUCAGCUCCAGGUGUAGGUUUUAACCUCUGACCUUGUUUUGGUCUCUGCAGAUCUGUUUUAUGUUUUCAGACCUUAUUGGAGGUAGUUUUGUCAUGAAUGAACUUCCAUACAGUUGCAGCUCUGAGUUGAACCACAUUCCUGUUGUUCCUACCUGUUCCAACAGGUAGCUUCACUGAGUCCAGACUCAGACCAGGUGAGUCCAGGAUCCAGGUGUGAUCCAGGUGAGUCGGUGAAGCUGCCUGGUGGGGGCAGAGUCUGGAGGAAGAGUUAUUUUAAUGUCAAAUCAGUGAGCUGGGAACACUGCCAGCAGCCUCACCUGCUCAACAGCAGCCAUGUGAGGUCUCAGCUGAUCUGAUCACAUGACAGGACCUGUUCUACCCAAAUCUGUGUGAGCUGCAUCCUGUGAUGUUUCAAAUCUGAACAAUUGUGUUAACAAACAUUAAAGAGACGUGUUCAAAUUCAAA